AGUUUGCAAACCUUUGUGACCCUGAAGUGUGAAGGUCCUAGAGUCACUAUAUAAGGAACAAGGUAAAUAUUAGACAUUUGAGUCUCCACUGCUGUAACCAUGAGGUUCCUGGUUCUGCUCUUGGCAGGUAUGUUUAAAUUAUGAUCCUUGGCUUCAUUGUAUGAAGUUUGAAAGAUGAAUUUGGAUAAUGUUUACCAGAUAUAUAGGCAGACACCGAUGUGCACAUACGAUAUUAAACUUUAAUCGUUCUUACUUUUCCCCAACGAUAGUAGACUACCUGGGUCUUAGGUAAGAAUACUUUUCUUGACGGCAUUUUGCAGUUAUCAGUUAAAAUAUUUAAAACUGAACAUUUGUCUUUGCAUACGUCAAUGUUGCUGUCAGUGCAAUGAAUUUUACAGGACCAACAUGUGCACGUAACACUAUUCAUCUUUAUUUUUGUUUCUUCUAAACUACUCCACCAAUCUGUAGCCAGAAUGCUGCUCAAUUUUUCACAAUAACUAGUAAAAUCAUGAUCCUAGAAAAGUGAUAAGGAACUUUUUGGUAGGUCUAUGCCAACCUAAUCCUUUUAAAGUAAUAGGCUUAGUCUGCCUUAUGCAUUUCGUGAUUGAACGAUAACAUCUUCACAGGUCUAACCCUAUGAGUGUUUCUAAUCUUAUUUUUUAAGUUAAAUAAAGCUAGACAGAGAGCACAAUGAUGUAUAUAUAUUUUUUUCUUCUGAACUGACACUGCAGCUGUAGAUGCUAGACCUGUGACAGUGAUCUGGUAUAAUUGUUUGGGAGCUACCCAAGCCUUUGUACUGUUUGAUAUAUGGGAGAUGUCUUAGUACCUGAUUAAUAUUAGCCAAGUUGUGGUGAUUCCAGAUGAUUUUCUACAGGAGUCUUUAUAAGUUGGCCGACAUACUGAGACCAGUAUUUAUUUACAUGCAGUGUGGACUUUUGAACUAUACUGAUAUCGGGACUAUUAUUUUAUAUGAUAUAUUCAGUUCUAUGACACUGGACUUACGUAAUACUUGGAUGUGCACUAACAUAGAUUGGCUUUGUAGAGUUUUUACUAAUAUAUAUUAUUUUUUUAGACAGUGACAUCUUUUUAUUUAUAUAUAUAUAUAUAUAUUAUUAAUUUAUUUUCUCUAAUCACUAUCUUCUGAGAUUGUAUUGGAUUUUUUAAUGCUAUUUAUUGUACUAGUUUCAUAAAAAAAAAUAUAUAUAUAUAUAUAUAUAUAUAUAUAUAUAUAUAUAUAUAUAUAUAUAUAAUACACAAGAUCCAGCGCACUCACCUAUCCACUAAACAGCAACUUCAAUGUUGAAAGAUUUUUUUAUUUUUUUUAAAAACACGUAAUCUAGGCAAAAAUAAUGGGGGUUUAGUUACAUUAUAUGAUCAUACAUUGCAUAAGCCUGCCACAACGUCAAUGUACCCCAUCUUUGGCAGGUCCUACACUAACAGCCUAAUGUCUGCUCUUAUGAGAUUAAUUACUUACUUGGGGGAAAAAAUUCCAUCUGGGGCUCUCUGCAGUACAAGGCUAAAUAGGGCCCUGGGAUGAGGCACCUGUGACAGGGAGGGGUGCAAAACCAAGGAGUUGGCUAGACUCCCAAAUAUAUAUAUAUGAAACAAAGUGGGGUUGGCUGCACUCACCUGAACAUGCAUGUUUAAAAAAAACAAAUAAAAUCUUUCAACAUUGAAGUUGCUGUUUAGUGGAUAGGUGAGUGCGCUGGAUCUUGUGUAUUGUAUAAUUUGGCCCCCAGCAGCACCCCCAUUUAUGCAUGUUCAGGUGAGUGCAGCCAACCCCCCUUUGUUUCAUAUAUAUAUAUAUAUAUAUAUAUAUAUAUAUAUUCUGUUUUUAAUUGAAUGCAUGGUUUUGAGUUAGUGCCAGGUGACUUUCUAGUAAAGGUCUUUUUAGUCUGACGUAUCCUCAGCUUUUGUUUAACUCUCAGGUUUUUUUUUCACCAGUGAUAUUUACAUUAUAGAAAACAUGGUUUUAAAUCAUGGUGGACAUUCAUUUUCUAUUCUUUUCUAUUCCCUUUUUCUAGUAUCCUGCAUUAGUGCUGCCCCAAACAGUCGGGCACUCUGGGAUUUCCAUGCUUUAAUCAAAUGUGCUAUUCCGAACAGCGCGCCCCUGAAAGAAUUUAACAAUUAUGGGUGUUACUGUGGACUAGGAGGUAGCGGCACUCCAAAGGACACCCUGGACAGGUACCCAAUUACACAUUAUAUUAUGUCUUAUCAAGUUCUCUGUGUUUAUUAAUGAAUGAAUGCAUAGUUCAUAAUUGGUCACACAAUAACAUUUAAUUUUAUCAAUAUAUAAAAAAAAAAAAAUUUUUUUAAAUGAUUGCAUCCCACAAGUAAUUUCCCUGAAUCUUAAAGGCGAACCAUCACUUCUCCGAAGAUUUUACCAUCGAAUCAAACAUUGAUAAUCAUUCAGAACAUGGCAAACCUUUUUCAUGAAAUGCUCUUUUUUAAUAUAUCCAAGAUUGAGGAAGUGAUGUCACAAUCCAGCUCAGCCGAGGCAAAGCCAGGGCACAGAAUGCAAAGGGGAGGAGGAAAAAAACUUCAGUAUUGUUUCUCUUUUUCCACUGUGUUCAAUGGCAGAAAAGUAUUGCUUUCAUGAUGAUGAUUGACAGGGAGACAAGAUGUCCCUUUGUACAGCGCUACGGAAUCUGAUGGCGCUAUAUAAAUAAUAAAAUAAUAAUAAUAAUGGAGGAGCUCAGUUUAGGAUAGAAGUAAUUCAUUAGUGUUGAUUUCUACAUUUAAAAGAACACUCCUUCGAUUUUUGUUUUACCCAAUUUGAAGGUGUUACCUGGUCAUAUGUGAGGUCAAUUAACAAAGCAUAAUGUUAAUUUUGUAGGUCAUUGGUUUCCUAAACAUGACUAGUUAAUUCAAAUCAUUUCACAUUAUAGGUUUUACCUCCCCAAUUCAACAGCUAUAUACUCAAUGUUUAGCAACGAAAAUAUUUCCCACUAUGCAUGUUAUCACUUCUUCUUUAAUUUCAUCUGAAACAUUUAAACAAAUUAAACUAAAACAUGUUUGGCCUUGCAAACACAGCAGAUUUCUUGUCUGCAGCCUUUGCCAGCCCUCUCCGUUUUUUCCCAGCAUAGACGUUCAGCACUUUUAGUCUGAGCUGGAGAACACUCUAAUCAGAGACUUCUCAUUGAGAAGCCUCUGUGCUGAAGCCAUUGAAGCUUGCCAAUGACGGUUAAUUCUUUUCAAUGACCUGUAAUAUAGCACAUUGAGAAGAGGGGGAGGCAGGCAUGCUAGCACAGCACGUCUGCUACUUCCAUUAGCUCCAUGGAGCUAACAGAUAAGCAAAAAAACCUUCCUGACAGCCAGCAAAAAUUAAAUAUCGCAAACUGCAACACCAUAUUACCAAACAUAGGAUCAUUUAUUCCACCACAAUGGAUUCGGACAUUUAUUUUAUUUUUUUAUUGUCUGAGAGGCAUUCCCUCUAUAUUCUACCAGUAGCUGCAACUCUCUGUUUCCUUAUUUAGCCAUCACUUCCAAAUUUCCCCUGCAACCUCUUGUCUCAAAUCCCCAUGGUAUCCUUUUGAUUGUAGGCUCACGGGCUAUCUUUAUAUGAAUUUUGUAUAAAAGAGCUUAAAUGGCAAUAUUUCAGCUUACGGGCAGGGCCCUCUCUACCUUUUGUAUUUGUCUGUGUAUAUUUUAAGUUCUCCACUAAUAGUACAGCGCUGCAGAAUCUGUUGGCACUUUAUAAAUACCAGUAAUAAAGAAAUAAAUAAAUUGGGAUGGUAACCUCUGGGACCUGCACCCAUCUACACACGUCGAGUGCCUGCUCUCUGUUGACAUACAGGAAAAAUCACUAUAUAAGCAAUUACUGGGAAUUGUCCAGCAGAUUUCAAACUGUUGGUAGAAAUAGCUAAACUAUGCCUGUGUUCUAUUUCAAUCUUGGAGAAUGUGGCUAGAAUUUAUCAUUAGCCUAAGUUAAUGGUUAAUUCUUGAUGAUUGAUAGUUUAAAAUUGUUCGAUAGCAUUAUGUAUAAGUGACUUGGCAUGCAUUGGUUUUUUAACAAAUGGCCAAAUGAGCGAAAAUUUUGUUUUUCGUUCAUUUCGUGCAAAAACAAAUUAUUUUUUUUUAUCAAUUUGUUUGAAUGAACAAACCAAAUCAACAAAUAGGUCACUGAAUGAAUUUCAUCAAUGGCAUUCGUCAUAGCACGUGGGACGCUGCAGCCAAUGACAGUGCAGCAACUAUUGUGAGUUUACUAUUUCUUCUUAGUUUAAAUAGUAAGCACAUAAAUAGCAAGUAAGUAAACAAAUAAGAGUAUAACACUAAUGAAAUUAUAAACAAAUGUAAUUAAUGAUGGACAUAAAAUUAUCUUUUAUUUCCAUUUUAAAAAAUGUUUUAGAUUUUUAUAAUGCAAAUAAUUCUUAUUUUAUCUGUCUGUCUGUGAGUGUGUGCAUGCAAUUGCACAUGUGCCUUUCAUUAAAAGUAAUAUUUUGCAUUAAUUUUGCACUUAUCUUGUUCUAUUAAUGGGACUCAUAUUUCCAUAGAGAUUAAAUGAACUACAGUGUGAGAGAUACAAAUUUGUAUUCCUAAUGGUAUCGUUUCCUGGUGCCUAAUAGGCCACCCGAAGGGAGAAAAACACAGUAGUUUUACUCACAUUUUCUCCCUCACAGAUUUUUGAUCUCGAUGUUCUCAGCCAAUCCAAUGCUUUCCUGUGGGAAAGCAUUGGGACGGUAGUACGUGGCAAAACACCGCUCAGCGCCAAUUAAAUGGACUCUCGAAGGCUCCCUAAGACCAUCUGAUAAAAAUAGAAACGUUUUACUCUUCUAAUUCUUAUAAAACGCCCCUAGUGGCAGUGGAGUGAUUUGUAACAAACCAAAUACAUGUACAUGAAUUCCAGAUGCUCUGUAACAGAUUUUUUUGUUUCUGAACUAAUUAACCAAAAAUGCUUUUCGUGCACAUGCCUAUCAAUGAGUCUCUUAAGCACCAGCUGUCUUGAUGUUGAGAAAGAAGGGCAUAUCCCAGAAUAAACCAUCUUAUAUACUUUUUUUUUCAGGUGCUGUCAGACCCAUGAUAACUGCUACUCCAAUGCCAAGAAUCAAGGCUGUUCUGGCAUAUUCGAUAAUGUAUAUACCAAUGGAUACAAAUACAGCUGCUCUGGGACCACCAUCACCUGCUCAUGUAGGUCAUCUAUACACAUGUCUCGAAGCCCAGCUCACCUUGUAAUGUGUAACAUAUAGUUUGUCUUUUGCAUGUUUUCUGUAGUAUCACUAGUAAUAUAAUCCAAUAAAUAAUAUUUUGAAAUAGUUUGAAAUAGUGGCAGAAAAAAAAAGAAAAAAAACAUUUCUAACAUACAUGGGAUGUGACAUAAAAUGUAUUAAUGGACAAGCAACCUAGUUAUGCAGUUUCUCAAUAAUGCACCCAGAAUGAAAUAAUAAUAAUAAUAAUAAUAAUGUUGCAUUUGUGCACACAUACAGCUGUAUUGUUAAAACCAGGCAUCUCUUGUAUAUAUGACAUCACAGACUGCUAUUGCCGGCACAUAAGCCCUACAGUGUGCUCGUAGCCUUCCCUUCCUACUCCCCAACUGCUUGUAUACAGCCACUCUAUUUUUGCAUCUGGUAGGUUGCCGUAUAAACAGAAGAUGUAUGUAAGAGGUGAUCAAAAUAAUCUCUCUGUCCAAUGCAAAGGGACUGAAUGGAAUCCAGGAAUAAAUCAUUGUUUCUGUAAUGGGGAAUACUGUUGUUGGCAUGGUGAGGGAAUAAUUAUUUUGAUUUUGUUUUAGAAAAAAUGGUAGGUGUACUUUGUGAUGGAAGCAUAGUUUAUAAUGUUCAAUGCAGUAGAUGUCACUCUUUCCAUAUAUCUAUGGAGCUGUUUGGUUAGAGAUAGGGAGAGUUUAUAUGGGGUAUUAUUCAUUUAAAGUAUUUAAAUAAUUUAUCAGUUAUACUAAGAAAUGUGUUUAACUUGCAUGUAUGUUGAAUGAAAUAAUUAACUGCCGUUUUUAUUAAUCUGAAUUACAUACAUCACAUCUCAUUUGAUAUAUACAAACUGUCUCUCCUCAGCUACCAACAACUCCUGCGAGCAAUUCAUCUGUAACUGUGACAAGGCGGCUGCUGUUUGCUUCUCUAAAGCCCCCUAUAACCCAGCCUACAAAGAUCUGGACAAAAGUAAAAAUUGUUAAUCUGCCGGCUCCCUUUCUCCUAGCGCCCCAUCUCUAACUACAUCUGAUGUGAAAUACCAUAACCAGCAAGAAUAUUACUGAAUAAAUGGAUUUAUUAUCAUUCUGUUUAUUUCUUAUACUUGUGAAUACCUCACUGCUAAUUCUGGAAGAAAACCAUGUAAUUGUUGAAACAGACAUGGG